GGCAAUGUUUUAGAGUUUUUUCGAAGCCUAAUAAGGAAAAGUUAAUUUAUUAUUUUGCAAUAUAGCCUUUGAUAUAACAUUUGUAUAUGUAUUAGCUAUAUUUAAUUUUUUUUGGAAUAAUAUUCAAAUAUAUGAUGCAUAUUAUUCAUUAGGACCUUUAUCUAAGUUUUUAUUAAUUUAGCAUUUUUCAGGGUAUGGAAUCAAAGAAUUUAAUGGCAAAAAUUUUAUUUUAACUAUUUUAAUGUAUGUUUGGUCUGUAAGAUUAUUUACUCAUAUUUUUGGAAAAUGGGAAGGUUUUCCCGAUUAAGAUAAAAGAAUAACUACGAUAGAAUUCAAAGGUUAUGGUGGAAAAAAAAGAUUUUUUUUUUGGUUAUGGUUUAGCCCUUUUAUUGCUUUUAUGAAUGCUUUACUAAUUUCUUUUCUUACUUUGCCUGUUACUUUAUUUUAAUUUAGAAAUCCUAACCUUUAUGAUAAUUUAGUUGGAGAAAAUCUCACUCUAAGUGAUUUUGUUGGCUUUUUGGUUGCUUUCUUUGGAUUAGCUGUUCAAACUAUUGCCGAUUAGGAAUCUGUUUGGUGGAGGACAUAUGGGAAAACAAAUAAAGUUGCUGAUUAUGGGACUAGAAGAUAUGUUAGAUAUCCCUAAUAUUUUGGAGAAAUUAUAUUCUGGGCUGGAGUUUAUAUUUUCACUAUUUCUUCAUUCCCUUCAAAUAUAUUUCAAGAUUAUAGCCAAUGGAUUUAUUGGCCCAUAGGUAACAUAUUGGAAACUUUAUGGCUUUGUCAUAUGAGUGAUAUAAUGGAUAAUUAGGUUUUGAAAAGAAAAGAUAAUUGGAAAGAAUAUAAAUAAAAAGUAAAAUUUGCUUUAAUACCUUUUUUUAGAUUUUGA